UGUCUACAAACACCCCAGCAUGGAGGGGGUGUGUAGCUGCUGUGGCUGCUGGAUGUUUAACAGGACAGAGCUCCCCACAGCUUCUUCACGAUGCUGUACACUUUAGCAGGAGGAGGCACACUCUGCGGGGUGGCCGCCCUCGUGCUUCUCAUCGUCUCCACGGCAACCGACUUCUGGAUGCAGUAUCGCUACUCGGGCAGCUCAGCCAAUCAAGGGCUCUGGAGGUUCUGCAUUAACCACAAAUGCCACGCCCACACCAUCACUGUAGCCUUCUGGGAUGCGACCCGGGCCUUCAUGUUGCUGUCGGUGCUCAGCUGCUUUGCUGGUGUGGUUCUGGGCCUGAGCGCUUUCACUAACGGCACCAAGAACAGAAGGGUCCGCACUGGAGGCAUCGCCCUGGUCCUGUCAGGGUUUCUUGCUUUACUGGCUUUGGCAAUUUACACUGGAGUGACGGUCACUUUUUUUGGCAAACGCUUCGUGGACUGGAGGUUUUCAUGGUCCUACAUCAUUGGAUGGGUCGCUAUCAUCUUGGCUUUCGCAGCAGGUGUGUUUCAGCUCUGUGCUUAUCAGAGGACCACUGCAGAACCUCCUCCUUCAAAUGUCCCAGACAGCUGAACAAGGCAAACAUCUGACUUAAGCUGUUGCAACUGGUGUCUCUGCUGCUUCUA